CCACCCUCACCAGUGCCUUAGGACCCCGUAAUGCGUGUCACGUGCCGGAGUGGCGGACUCGCCAAGGAUAACGAUCCCCACCUGUUGAAGCCCCACAUUCAGAUAAACUGCUUAUCAACCAGCGCGCGGGGCAAUUUUCUGUCAAAAUUCUUGAGAAAGCAGCGCCCCGCCAGCAGUCCCCAGUUCGCCGUCUUGCUGUGCAAGUCCCACCAUAUCUAUAACUGCACUCUCUUCAGGCGGUACACCUUUUCGAAUACACAACAAACCCAACACCCAGAGAGACACAGAUAA